AUGGCUGAGGUUCAUGUCAUUGGAGAGAUCGCAGGCGCGUCCGGCUUUCCAUCUUCGUCGCUCUUCUGCAAGUGGUCGCUCGAAGUGGGCGCGUCGGGCGCGGUGAUCGGGCGCGGUGGAGAAGGCGGCGAGGCGUAUGCAGCGGCAGAGGGCUGGAGGAAAAUCAGCGGAACAACGUCCGGGCGGACGCAGGUGGAUGCGCCGGCGGAUGAUGCGCCGACUGUUUGGGCCCAUCCGUUUGAUGUCCACUAUGCGCUCUCCACGGUUGUGGGAUGGCCGCGGCUCAAGGUGGAGGUCUGGCACCAGGACCGCUACGGCCGCGACGAGCUCUACGGCUACGGCUUUGUCCAUCUCCCCACCGCGCCUGGCGCCCACGAGCUGGACAUUGCCACCUGGCGCCCGGCCCGCUCGUGGUGGGACUCGCUCAAAGCCUUUUUCCUCGGCGGUUCGCCCGAGCUGGUCAACGACGACGUCGUCACCGCACCGCUCGACCGAUUCAACCUGCAGACCGAAUCGAUGGGCUUUGUCCACGUCUCUGUCAACGUCAUCCACAGGCACUUUGCCGAGAACGAUGUGCAGGCGUAGCAGGCUGAGGUGGCCGUGACGACGUCUUGCACCCGUCGCUCUUCAUCCCGGGUUGAUAGCAUACCAUUUAUAUGCGCGCCCCCGACGGCUGGCUGCUACACCGCCAUCUGCAUCUUGAUGCCCUUCAUGGGCUUGUAGCCCACAACCUCAAAGUCGGUAAAGUCAAAGUCGUC